GCUUCAGCGCUUCGGUUGAGCGUCUGGAAGAGCGAGGGAGGAAGAGAGAUCGAGGCGAGGCAAUGAUGGGCGACGAGAAGUCGUCGAGUCCAAUGGGAAAUAGGGAGAGGGAUCGUGAGCUGCUCAUCCCCGUCGCGGACCACGACUCCGAUUCCAGGGCUUCGUCCUCCUCCGCUUGCCCUAACCACCACCACCACCACCACCACCACCGCCACUCCCACACCGGUAGAGAGGCGUUUUAUAUAGUCAUCCACAGUUGGGCUUCGAAAAAGUUCAUGACAGGAUGUGUGAUCCUCUUUCCAAUUGCUAUCACCUUUUAUAUCACCUGGUGGUUUAUUCAUUUUGUUGAUGGAUUUUUUUCUCCGAUCUAUGCUCAACUUGGGAUAAACUUAUUUGGACUUGGUUUUGUAACUUCCAUAACCUUCAUUUUCUUGGUUGGAGUGUUCAUGUCAUCAUGGCUCGGUGCAUCUGUCCUUAGUCUUGGCGAAUGGUUUAUCAAGCGGAUGCCAUUUGUUCGUCACAUCUACAAUGCCUCUAAGCAAAUUAGUUCUGCUGUCUCACCUGACCAGAAUAAACAAGCAUUCAAGGAAGUUGUAAUUAUCAGGCACCCUCGGCUUGGUGAACAUGCAUUUGGAUUUAUCACUUCCACUGUUGUUCUUCAGAGUUAUUCUGGUGAGGAAGAACUCUGCUGUGUCUAUGUUCCAACCAACCAUCUUUAUAUCGGUGACAUUUUUCUGGUCAGCUCAAAAGAUGUUAUCAGACCAAAUAUUUCUGUUCGUGAAGGAAUUGAGAUUGUUGUUUCUGGGGGUAUGUCAAUGCCUCAAGUUCUGUCAGCACUGGAUCCACAUACAGUACCUGAUGGAGCUAGAUCUGGCAGAAUUUACCCUUAGUUGCUGCUGGCAGAUAUAGCAGGGCAAAAUUUUCAUUAGUUUCAGGUCAUAAGAAAUUUUGCAGAAUUCUACAUGCUAAUUCUGUGUGUCACCUGAAUUACUGCUUCCCGGUGUUCUAUUUCUUCAGCUUCUUCACAUCGUAAUCGUUAGGUAACGUACCAUUUCAGCAUUAUGGAUUGUAGGAAGACAUGCUAUGAUCUUAUUUAUAGUCUUCAGUUAGGCAUCUACUUUUUGGUUUCUAGCGACUAAAAGAAAUGGUUGGAGGUAAUAGGAUG